GAAACGCACGUGAUGCGACUUAUAUUACGCACACAAAAAACAUUUGAAAUGAAUGGUAAUUUAUUAAAAACAGAAAUUAAAAAGACAUCUCAUCAUGAUGCCAUUCUCCACCCAACCUUUUUUUGUAGCCCUUAACUUGUUUUUUUGUCUUGUUUUGCAACUUUCCAUUAGGGUUGACAUGAGGACCCUGGAGCCUACAGAGACUACAUGAUGUAAAAUGGAGUAACUUAUACAUACUAAUAGCUCAUUUAGCAUCGUAGCAAGCUUGUUUGCAUUGGUUAGAACUAUCACCAGUGUUCGGCUACAUUCCGCUCAGGAAGGACGUCCAAGUUUGGUCAUUAAAUCAUCACUGAAAUUGACGAUAUUUUACCUUCCCAGGAGAAAUGGCAGGGGAGACCAGCCGAGGGUUGAGGGUGUGUCUGCGUCACAUGGCUCUGCUCCGAAGACCUCCUCCUCUCAUCGCCUCGCUCCAAAACACCAGAUCCUUCAGUUCGAUCAGGGAAGUGAAGCGCAGAGGUCUGAUCUGGAAGACUCUGCUGGGUUUCUCUGUGGGCGUCCCUGUGGCGGCGGGCGUUCACUACGCUGCGUCGGAGCCUCGAGACAGGAGGAGGACGAAGAUCCUGAUCCAAGGAAUCACUCGCUUCUGCAGAUCUCUGUCUGUGGGACUCUCUAUCUCCGGGGACUACUGGUGGACGACCAACGUGUCUCUGAGGGGACAAGAUGAGAGCAGCACAUCGUAUGUCUCUGCGAUGUCGGCCUGCCACCAGAGGGCAGCAGAGUGCAUGGUGAGAGGAGCCACCAGAAACGGGGGGAUUUACAUCAAACUGGGCCAGGGUCUUUGUUCCUUCAACCACCUUCUGCCGCCCGAAUACAUCCGGACCCUGCAGGUCCUCGAGGACAAGGCUCUGAGCCGGAGGUGUAGAGAGGUGGACGCUCUCUUUCAAGAAGACUUCAGUAAAACCCCGGAUCAGAUUUUCAAAUCUUUUGACCCUGAACCCAUCGCGGCUGCCAGCCUGGCGCAGGUCCACAGAGCGGAGCUGUUCGACGGGACUCCUGUCGCUGUGAAGGUGAGAAAAGUCAACGUCU